UGACCUGCCGCCUGCCGUCUUCUGUGACGCCUUCGCCUUCCUCUUAGCCGCCUAUCAGGCCUAUCAGCGAGCAAUCAUCAAACCAAACUAUGUCUUUCUCCGAUUUCGAUGCCAUCUACGAGGAUGAGCAGCUGGAGGAGUUGGAGCACUUUCAGGAUCAAUCGGUGGCGCCAGUGCCCGAGCCCAUCAUUAUUCGGGGCGCAGGCAAUAUGACUGUAUUUGGUCUGAGCAAUCGCUUCAAUUCGGAGUUUCCAUGCGGCCUGCUGUCGCGCGUGGCCCCCGAGGAGUUCAAGGCGACUGUGGGUCGCAUCAAUGGAGUUCUGAAGAAAUCCCUGCCCGUCAAUGUCAAGUGGCUCUUCUGUGGCUGCGUCUGCUGCUGUUGCACGCUCGGCUGCUCCCUCUGGCCCGUCAUCUGUCUCAGCAAACGCACACAGCUCACUCUGGACAAACUGUUCGAAUGGGAGAAUAAUCAUCUAUAUCAUAAGCUGGGCCUGCACUGGCGACUGCAUAAGCAACAAUGUGAUUCCAAUUCCAUGAUGGAGUAUGUUAUUUUAAUUGAAUUUAUACCCAAAACGCCCAUCUAUAGGCCGGACUAGAUAGGGGCUCCUCUCUCUCUCCCCCAAUCAAGCGCCGCACAGGACAGGGAGCAGAGCCAAUGGGAUCGGGGGGCACACGUAAUGGUAAUUGUAAAAUAAAACACUAGCUGCUAACAAAACAAAAAACACAAACACACACCUUGCUUUAGGCCUAACCAGAAUUGUAAACUAACCCGCGAUCAGGCGAAAGAGAGAGCACAAAAAGGGGGCAUGGCAUUAACUAGUUUAGUGCAUUCGCAGAUUGUCAUUUUAAGCCUAGUAAUAUUUAAUAUUUAGUUUAAACAAAUUUUGGGAAACAUUCUAGAACUAAGAACAAUUGAUUUUUUUCUUUUCAAUGUUUGUUUUUCAAACUAAUGCAAUACUUACGAGUAAAUAUACUUCAUGUAUUUCUUGUUAGGAAACUUUAAUUGAAUUUGGUCUGUAACGUAGCCUAGAAAGGAAUCCAUCAAAUUAUAAACAAUAUUGGUUAGUUCCUUCUGUGGACAGCAUAUCAUUCA